AUGGCUCCUCAGGUCGGCCAUGGAGUUGGGGGAUAUUUAAAAGCUGGAGAUUCUCCUCCCGGAAUGCUUGUGAGCUCUCACGAAAUUGCUCUCCCCCUCCCACAACACCAGUGGCAAUUUCCCAGCAUUGCACCAUUGAUGUCUUCAGCCAAGGCGUUCGUAUUUAACAGGAUGGCCCGGCUCUUUCCGGCGUUCAGUUGGGAGCAGCAUCUCGCACUGUUUGUGUCAUGCGUUAUAGCAUCUUAAAGGCUAGACAAACUGCAUUAUUUAGGGAUAACAGCAACUAUCUUUAUUACAUAUUUUAUUUUUGUUUUCUUUGUGUUGUAACUGUAAAAAAGAACUCAAAGCAAUAACUGUCCAUCCGACAUCUACCGAAAGAAUAGCCGAUCCUCGCCCGUCUUCCCGAUACUAAGUGUCCGUGAAUUCCAGCUCGAGUGAUCCCGGCCUUCCUGCACUUUAGUUACGAGUCAUGUGGCCAUCGAAAAUGUCCAUGCUUUAGAUCAGCAGUUUGCUGGCCUAGGCUUGAACUCUGACGAACAAAGUGGUGGUGCAGCAACUAAACGUUGUUACAUCUCCCCACACUUAAGAAACAAAGAGGCUUCAAGACAAGAUUCAAAUUGGGACUCACGUGGGGGUAAUGGCUACAUUAAUGGAACCGAUGAUCGAAUAAAUGGAUGUCAUCGCAAUAGCUAUGACAGAGAUAAUAACUCUAGCUGGAACUCAAGAGACAAAGAUGAAUACAGCAGUGUUGGGUCUUGUGGCAAAGCAGGUGUAUUUAAUGCUAGAGUAAGUGGAACCAGGAGAUCUGAGGACUGUUGCCCAGAUGGAUUUGAUGGAAUAAGCAGUCGUGGAGACAGAAGUUAAUUUGGUAGAUUUGAACGUAGUAGUAGCCGGUGGUCAGAUGAAAGAAAUGAAGAAGAUGAUUGGUCAAAACCUCUUGCUCCAAAGGAUAGCAUUGAACAGGAGCUCUUUUCUGGAGGCAAUACAGGCAUUAACUUUGAGAAGUAUGAUGAUAUUCCAGUUGAAGCAACGGGCAACAACUGCCCUCCGCACAUUGAGUCCUUUCAAGAUGUUCAUAUGGGAGAAAUAAUAAUGGGGAAUAUUUAG